AUGGACUUCCCCCGCACUCCAGUACGGAGCGGGAAAGAGCUGUACCAGCUGAUUGACACGCUCAACAAACAGUUCGCAUUGGAAAUCCCCAAUCCUCGGAUCUACUCCCCCUCCACCGCACGUGACGACAAGUCCCUCCGAUGGCGCAGUUAUCGUGGUAUCCAGCGGCUUUAUUACGAUCGCAACGUUGAUCUGAAUCGCAUCCUGAAUAGUUUCGACGAGUGGGUCUCUUCCCAAACAGCGCCACCGCUGGUCAACAAUGCACGUAAGCGGGUAGCAAAUAACUUGCUUCUGGACGGGGGUCGUGGACUGCUUUCUCGACAGGACGGGAACGAGCGUUUGAGGUACUUUGUGAAAUUAAUCGAUGAUGAGUUAUAUCUAUUGGGUAAGGGUUCCUUCGUGUCCCAUCUGGGUGAGAAUGAACAACAGCCUCUGGUGGAACAGCCAGCUAUAGAAUGCAGAAAGAGAAGAUUAUCUUCGGAAGAUGACGAAUUCUAUACUGCCCCAAACUCCCCGGUUAAAAACGCCGAUUCCUCUCACUCGCCUCCUCCAGGCACGGACGAGUUUCAAAAUCUGACAAUUGAACAUGUGGCUGGUGAGCUUGACGCCGACACAGCCGUUGACAGCCUGGCCCGUGUGUUUAAAACGCCCAAAUCCACAGAGACAACAAAAGCACCGUCCAAAUUCCUGGAAAAAUUAACUGCGCCAGGCAAUUUUCGGCAAUACGAUCCCGUGCCAUCUGCGAAGACCAAACCGGAGUUCAGUUUCACGUCAACUACCACAGUUCCAAAUACCUCGAUCAAUACCAGUCUCAGCCGGUUUGAUACUUCAUUCACAUCAACUGUCACAGAUGCCACCGAUCCAAUCACCGACUCGGACUCUUUAUAUGAGGAUUCCGUAGUGAGCCAUCUGCUAAGUCAGGAGAUGCGAAUGACUCUGGAGGCGCAGCAGUCGUUCAAUGAGGGAUCCUUCCAAGCACCCCGCUACUCUUAUGAAGGAGAGAUAAUGAACGAGCUCCUUCAAAAUGGGCCCUUCGCACUCGACCACAAAUUCCCCGGCACAGUGCCGCUGCGGUAUCGAUACGAACUGGAGAGAAUAGGCCGAUCCUGGAAUGUGCCGCUGGAUCGCAUGCUUGUAGGAAACAACAUAUCUUUCAAGUCAAGAGAUGACUUUUGGAAAUGGAUCGAGAGACAUAAUCAGCGAGGAGCAAACCCGCUCCCAGAAAAGCCAUCCAGUAGGGCAUGGGAUGCUGCCACUGGAUCUUUUAGGACAGACAAGCAUUCCGAGGUGGUCGUCCUCACAGGUGAUUUGGAUUGGUGCAGUGAUUCCGAGCCUGGCAUUCUAAAAUUGAGCCUGAACCCUCUCAAGGCAGAGAGGACGUGUCGGUUCCACCGCCGCUUUGGCUCUGACCGAUUCCUUAGCCUGACGAUCCCUGCUCCGGCUCGGCCUCCUCCUUAUCUACGGUUACCAGCGCAGCCCUCACUUUUGCGUGAGAGCUUAGCCUUGUGGCUGACACAAAACGUCCACCGAUGUCUAGGAAGGAUAUGGAAGCCAUUCUUCGUGGAAGAAGUUAAGAUGAAGCGCAAGGCUAUGGCAGAGCCAAGGUUUAGAGUUGAAUUCUUUGCCAUUGACGGGGUGGAUUUUGAUCAUACUCCUGAUCCGCCGCUCAUUGCUCUUAAGCAGGAAAGCACAGGCCAUACUCCAAUGGCCCUCGACCCACUUAUCCAGUGGCAUAUGCCAGCAGACCCAAAUAUAGGCCAAUCCAAUUGCAAGCUAUUCCAACGAAUUUCUUUGGGGCUUUCUAAGACUUUUGCAACGGUGACCGUGAGGCCAAAGCAGGUUUUGCACCUGAAGGACAUUCCUAAUCGCCCAGUCAUGAACGACGGCUGUGCCCUUAUGUCCCGGAGUCUAGCCAAUCAGAUCUGUGAUUCACUGGGGAUUACAGGGAACACACCAAGCUGCUUCCAAGGAAGAAUUGCGGGCGCUAAAGGCUUGUGGAUGGUGGACAAGCAUCAGUCUCAGGCUUCGCCGGGAGGCGAUGAUAUCUGGAUUCAAAUAUCCGACUCGCAGUUGAAGAUCAAACCACAUCCACAAACAUGGCAAGAUCCUGUAGAUGAAGAGCAGCUGACCUUUGAGGUUGUAAAAUGGUCCAAGCAUCUGCAUCCCGUCGAUUUGAACACCCAAUUGCUGGCGAUUUUGGAGCACGGUGGGCCCGUCAAGGAGCGUAUAGCCGAGCUUACACGGGCCAGCAUCCGAGCUGUGUAUCAAGAUUUCGCAGAGGUGCUUAAGUCCGACAGCCCUGUUCUCUGUCGUAGCUUGAUCCAGAAGAUCCGACCGGUGGCGGAUGACAGCACCAGGCUGGCGCUUCAUAAAGCUAGGCGCCUGGAUCAGUGGACCGCAAGUGAUGCUGAGACCUUAAUUCGCCUCACCGAAGCCGGCUUUACACCCCGAAGCUUCUACCCCCUUCGUAAGCGGCUUGGAAAAUGUCUCCGAGAUGUGCUGGACCGACGAGUAGAGGAACUACAUAUCGAGGUACCGCUUUCUACGUACGCCUUCUGCAUUGCGGAUCCAUACGGAGUACUAAAAGAGGAUGAAAUUCACUUUGGCUUUUCCAAUAAUUGGCAAGACGCCCAGGGUCAAUUCGAGGAUAAUCUCCUGGAUGGUAUGGACGUUCUUGUGGGCCGUCUUCCGGCCCAUCUUCCUUCUGACAUCCAGCGGCGCAAGGCCGUAUGGAAGCCAGAGCUUCGCCAUUUCAAAGAUGUCAUUGUGUUUCCCACUGCAGGUCAGAUUCCGCUAGCCCAUAUGUUAUCUGGUGGGGAUUACGAUGGCGAUACGCCAUGGAUUUGCUGGGAUCAAGGGAUCGUCCAGGCCUUUGCAAAUUCUGACCUGCCCGCAGAAGAGAAACCACCGGAACACUUCGGUCUCACCAAGCAUUCUGUUCCCAUGGAGCAGAUUCACUCGGUUGACGAGUUCCUCCAGAGUGCUUUUACGUUCAACCUGACUUUAUCGAAUCUAGGUAGGUGCACUAUCGAGCACGAAAAAAUCGCCUACGAUGAGUCAAUUGACUCACACAGCGCCAAAGAACUUGCGUGUCUUCUAAGUCACUUGGUCGAUGGACGCAAGGGCGGGGUGCAUCUGUCAGAGCAUGCAUGGCAGCAGUAUCGCAAGAAAAUCAGUCCGAAAGCCCGAGAGUUGCCGGCGUACAAGAAUCCCGAUCGGAAGCCCAAAAAGACGAACAUCAUCGAUUACCUGCGAUUCGAUGUGGCUCGCAAAGAGCGGCAUGCUGUAUUAAAGCAGCUAGAGAGUUUAUUCCCGGAGUCAGAUCACUCUUGCAACAGAGACGAAGAUCUCAUAGGGCCAUGGAACGAGGCCUGCAAGCAGGCUGAGAAGGAGAGCAAGAGCGGACAGCUUCACGACGUACUUAAAAGGGUUGUAAAUGAAGUCGAAGAGCUGUAUAGCCAAUGGACUCGCUCAUUCUCCUCAGAGGGUUCGUUUUCGGUCCUGGCAUUGGACAUCGCUGGUCGUGCGAGAACGAUUCUACCCCCCUCUACAGGGGAUCACCCAAUGAUCCAUCUCUGGCAAAACAGUCGGGACGCAUGGCUGCAACUGAUCGCGUCGUAUACGUACAAAAAACACCCCCACUCCGGUUUUUGGAUCCAUGCGUUCGGCGAAACCUUAUGUCAAGUGAAAACAAACAGUGUCCCCUCGCGCCCCGUGACCCAUGAAAUCCUGGCUUGCUACCGAGUCAACCACAAAGUGAUCGCGCGACUGACGGCGCAGGACACAGUAGAGGAGGAGGAAGACGACGAGGACGAAUAUGAGGGACAGGAGGCAAUUGAUGCGAUGCUGUAUGGGACGCAGGCAUCGGGAGCUUAUUAUGACCCGGACGAUGGAGCAUCGCUGGAAUGA